CUUAGAGCAAACAUUUGUUUCCGAUCUGUGAACAAUAAUUAACCUCACUCCCUCUAAUUCAAUUCUACGACUUCUCCUUUCUAGAAUUGCAUGCUUGGAUAUCGACGUGCUAUACUUCGAGUCGCGAGAAACGUUCACUUCCAUUCAACACCCAUCAACUUCUUUCCUCCACUCUUUCGCACAAUGGCUGUCGAGAACCCCUCCAAGAAGCUUAAGCUCGAUGGGCCUCUCAUUGGUACUCACAGCGGUCAUUUCCACGCCGAUGAAGCCCUCGCCGUGUCAAUGCUUCGCCUUCUCCCCACAUACGCCUCAUCACCUCUCGUCCGAACCCGAGAUCCCGCGGUCUUAGAAACUUGCCAUACCGUCGUCGAUGUGGGCGCAGAGUACGAACCCUCAAAGAACCGCUACGAUCACCACCAGCGCGAAUUCUCCACUACGUUCCCCGGACACUCCACAAAGCUCUCGUCCGCCGGCUUGAUCUACCUGAACUUUGGCAAGGACAUCAUUCAGGCUGUCACUGGUCUCCCCAUUGGACCGGAUCUCGACAUCCUGUUCGAGAAGAUUUACACCGACUUCAUCGAGGCAUUCGACGCCAACGACAAUGGUGUCAACGUCGUCGACCCCAAGGGCCUCGAAGCAGCCGGACUAGCAAAGAAGUUCGAAGACCGCGGUUUCAGCAUCGCCAGCGUGGUCAACCGCUACAACUACACUUCCACCCCAAGCGAGGGACAGACCAAGGAGCAGCGUCAGGCAGAUGAAGACCUCCAGUUCUCCAAGGCGUCAUUGUUCGUGGGCGAGCAAUUCGUGCUCGAACUUACCGAUCGCGCCAGGGCUUGGUUGCCCGCACGCCAUGCGGUCGCCAACGCAUACAACGACCGCUUGCAGUACGAUCCCCAGGGCCGCAUUCUCGUUCUCCCAGACGGCAUGCCCUGGGCCGACCACCUCUACACCCUCGAGAAGGAGGCGCCUAUCCCCGAGGGCGUGGCCCCGCAAGUGCUUUACGUCCUGUUCCCGGAGGAUAGCGCAGACCCCAAGGGCCGUACGCGUAUCCGGGCCGUCAGCAAGGAGAAUGGCGGUUUCGUGAACCGAAAAGACCUCCCCGAUGCUUGGAAGGGCAUGCGCGACGAGAAGCUCGAUGAGCUUACCGGCGUUCCUGGCGGUGUUUUCAUACACGCAGCCGGCUUCAUUGGAGGCCACAAGAACUUCGAUGGUGCUCUUGCUCUUGCGCAGAAGGCUUUGGAGUUGUAGAGGGCAUAUCGGGUUUCGUCUUUUUCUUGGUUAUGAUUGGGAGAUAUGAAGGCAAUGACAUUUUAGGACCGACUGGGAGGGCCACAUCAAGGAUACCACCACAAAAGUUAUGAAUAGAAUCAAUUCAAAACAUGCCUAAUGAAAGGCAUAUUACUUGCUCACAA